AUGGCACUCUGCAUCCAAAAGGGAUGGAUGAGCAAGAUCGCCAAUGACAUGCUUCUCCAAGCCACAUCUCACAAGGAGCUUCUCACGCAUUUGCAGAUUGUGUCUGAUAUCUGCUUCACAGAGGGCAUCACACUUAGUCCAGAUAAGUUGGAAAUAGAAGAGAAGGUGCCCUUUGCAGGGUUCAUGAUCUCAGCCGCCGGCAUGACGCCCGACCCCGUCAAGGUGGCUGCCAUUGCGUCAUUCCCCUUGCCUGCCAACCUGACGGGUUCUGUUCCCUGGACGCCUGGGAAACGCCGCCUGAUCCCAGACGCCUUGAGCCAAUAUCCAGUCUUCGGCCCUACCACUACCAUGGACGCCGAGCAGGCUCUCUGUACCGCUGUCUCCUUGGAUGACCCAGCCCUCCGCAUCAUUGCAGAAUGGGGUCCCCUUUUGCCACAAGAGCUUUCUGUGAAUGGCGGGUUCUUUGACGAGUUGAGAGUGGAGGGCGGCGUCUUGCUCUUUGGGGAACGCCUCUUUGUGCCCCGCCUUGCACGCCCCACCAUUGUGGACUUACUCUACGCCUCACAUUUGUGCAUCAACAAAACGUGUGAGUUGGCCACCCAGCUUUAUGUUUGGUCCACUUUACGCAAUGACAUCUGCAACAAGAUUGCAAUAUGCCCAAGCUGCGUGUUAGUUCUACCCUCCCAGGAGGUAGAGUUGAUUAUCACCAAGUCGGCCAACAACCCCAUGAACUCCGUCGCCAUUGACCUUUUUGAUCAAAGGGGUCAUGUUUUUGUGGUCAUGGUAGACCAAUACUCCACGUUCCCCCUUGUCCACUGGCUCUCCUUCACAUCCACGGAGGCAGUCUGGAAUUCCCUUCACUCGUGGUUCUGUGUGGUUGGCUUCCACACAUCUAUCAAAACGGACAAUGGACCCCAGUUCUGUGGCCAAUUUUCCUCACUUUGUCUCCAGGCUGGCAUCCGCCAUGACACAUCCUCCCCAUACCAUCCUGCCAGUAAUGGCCUGGAGGAGGCAAGUGUCAAGAGCGUGAAACGCCUUCUGUCCAAAAUGGGCGGGGUAGGUAACCCCAAGUUCCGAUCAGCGCUUCUGGAGAGGAGGUGUACACCCUGGGUAGACGAAUUCUCCCCAGCUAAGGCAUUCCAUGCCCAGCAGGUCCGCUCACUCCUCCCCUUUGCACACCAAGGGAAAAUCUUUGAGCGUCAGGACUUUGAGCUCGCCUGCUCCAAGUCUCCCCACUCCAUCUCCAUGGUUGGUACCACUCGUGGACGCGCCCUCAAACCUCUGGUUAUCAGUCAAAGUGUGCACAUCCAGGAUGUUACCGAGAUGUCUUGGAGCUAG